AGUACACUGUUAAUGCGGGUCAAGCAUCGAAACGUCAAAAUUGCAUGCGGUUACUGAGUUAUUGACAGAAGCGUCGUGCUUUACUUCUUCUGCAGCAUUUUUAUCAGUCUGUUUAUGAUAAAGGUCAUAAACAUUGGGUGUCCGCUUUUGACAUUGAAAUUUGCGUUUGUUGACAUCGUGACGGUAACAGUUCUGAUUUCUCUUGUUGAAUGCGAAGCUCCAGGUACUUUUAUGUGCGGUAAUAACAUGUCAGUCCCGCUGCCAGCGAUUGUGCCCGCCGCGCGUAAAGCCACGGCUGCGGUGAUCUUCCUUCAUGGCCUGGGAGACUCAGGGCAUGGAUGGGCAGAAGCUAUGGCUGGGAUCAGGACCCCUCAUGUCAAGUACAUUUGCCCUCAUGCACCAGUCAUGCCAGUCACCCUCAACAUGAACAUGGCAAUGCCAUCCUGGUUUGACAUCAUUGGACUCGGUCCUGAUGCAGAGGAAGAUGAAUCGGGAAUUAAAAAAGCAGCUGAAAGCAUCAAAGCUCUGAUCGAUCAGGAGGUUAAGAAUGGUAUACCAGCUCAUAGGAUUAUCCUCGGAGGAUUUUCUCAGGGUGGUGCUCUCUCUCUGUACACGGCUUUGACCACACAUCAAAAGCUGGCUGGUGUUGUCGCUCUCAGCUGCUGGUUGCCCCUCAGGAAAUCCCUUUCACAGUCAGUGAUAAGCACUAAUAAGGACAUAUCAGUGCUGCAGUGUCACGGUGAAGCAGAUCCACUGGUUCCACUUAUUUUUGGCCGUCUCAGUGUGGAAAAACUGAAAACCAUGCUGAACCCCUCCAAUAUCACCUUUAAAUCCUAUGCCAGUAUGCCUCACAGCUCCUGUCCUGAGGAAAUGAUGGACAUCAAAGAGUUUAUUGAGAAGCAGCUUCCACCGUUAAAUUAAUCUAUAAUUAAUCAUUGGCCAUUUGACUCAACCGCUGCUACAUCUUUUUCUGACUGGAUUCUACAAAGCACUUCCAAAUCAAACUUGAACUGAUCUCAAAACUGUUUAGCGGUGACUUUAUCUAAGCUGGAAGCACAGUACUGUACUAAACCACUCAAAUCUGUAGGAGAAUUGCACUCUCUUACCAUAGUAAACAAUAUACUCUUAUAAUAUCUAACUCAGGCUAGUGAUUGGUUAUUGUAUAUCCUAAACUACUGCAAGAAUCUUUUUUCUCAGUGUUUAAUACUCUAUGGCAUUACGUGAUGUAAACACCCAUGUGAUCACUGAACUUUGUGUUCGUGGGUAAAAGGGCUUUUCAUAUUGACUUGGAAUUAAAAAAAAAACAUGAAUACCA